AUGCAAAAUCCCGAACCAGGCAUGUGCCUACAAUACUUCAGUAGCUUGAUUGGUGGACAACGCACUGAUAGCGAUCAAGUCAACCCUCCAAUAAUCAACACCUUCUACGGAAGGGCUUCAAACUGCUUCAAACACCAUCGCUUCUUCUCCGAACAAGCAGUCGCAUCCUAUACCAUGCAGUUCUCUAUUCUACUCCUUGCGGCAUAUGCCUGCGGCGCUUCAGCACGUCUCAACUGGUCGCUGGCAAAAGCAUCCAACCCCACUGCCGAUCAAGCAGAUGCCUACGCCAGGAUCGAAGCCGCAAUGACAAAGGCCGUAGCACGCUACCACAAAAACUCAAAUGCCAACAAGACCAUCCGUGUCGCAUACGCGCCAGGCGUCCCCACUGCCGAAGCAAACUACAACGGCGAUCUGCGCUUCGGCUCGAAUCGCGCAUAUAUGACGGAAAGAACAGCCAUGCAUGAAAUAUCCCAUACACUAGGAGUGGGACAGACAGCAGCAUUCAACACCAAAUGUGCGGCGGGAGAUUGGAGGACAGCGCUGCCGUUGGUCCGAAGUUUUGAUGGUGCCAAUGCGAAGAUUAGCUGUGGCGGUGGGCACUUCUGGCCGUAUGGUCUGAACUAUGAGACGGAGUGGAGUGAGACCAACGGAGAUAGGCAUGUGAAGAUGGUUCAAGCUAUGCUGAAUGAUGGUAUGUAA